UCGCCACCAAAGAACACGGAACUCCUCUCGGAGAAGGAUCUUCAUCUGGUUCUUGCCGCCGCCUUGUCUGAUCGUUUUGCCAAUGACGAGUCGCUCGAAGCUGUCGCCUCGUGCUCGACCAUAGCGACUGCUUGUCCUGGAGGUAUAGGUGAUGAGAAAUCCCCAACUUCGGAGGGGCUGGAUGAUUCAGUGACCCUGGUGCCACCUGCUACGGAGCCGACGCAGUGCCAAGGAGGCGACAAGGCUUCCAAAACCGAACAAAUUGCAGAGAAGAGGAAGAAAAAGGCGCGAAAUUCAUCGCCCGCAAAUCCCGGUCUUUUUACUUCCGAAGAGGUCAAUGCAAAUGGCUCCUCACCGCCAAUUGCUGCUGAUAACGCGGCGCCUCAACAGGAACCACGAGAUGUGGGUAAAAGUGCUGAAAGCACAAUCAAUGUGGAUGACGAGAGCAGCGAGGACUCGGACAGCGAUGAAUCUUCUGCUUUUGCGGAUUACAAAAUGGUCUUCAAUUUGGCCGAUUAUUUGCCAGAACGCGGUUACACCAAGGUUCCGCCAAACCAGUACGUCUUUAAGGGUGCUGAACUGCCAUUUGAGUAUGAAAUGGCGGAAGACUUAUUACGGAGCCAGGGAGCGAUUUCUCUGCUUGAGGAAUCAACUUCUCUGGCCUCAAGUCCCAGCACAUCGUCCACGACCAGCUGCGAUCAACCGUCGACCGGCGACGUCUUCAUGCGGCAUUUGCUGCGUCGGUGUGCGAUGGAUCAAGAACUCCAGCGGCACCGGGAGGCACGACGCAAUGGAGAAGUCGGCGACCUUGAGGUCAUCGACUGCGAUCUGUCAUCGUCGCCGUCGUCCUGCGGCGAAGCGAAGACAGCGGAGAAGCCGGCCACCACUAAGGCCAGCAGCGCACAUCAGACGGAGGAGGAGGCAGAUGCGCUCCAGCCAACAACCAGUACUCCCCCCUUGACAAAACGGCGAAGGUGCAGCAGUGAGGUCGCUGGUGACGAAGACGGCGAUGCAGCCGCCACCGCCGCCGCCUCAUCUACGGGGAAAACCGUCGAUGUCUGA